UUUCUACGAGUGCUGUUGCCAGAAGUUAGCAAACUGUUAGAAUAACCUGUGGUACGUGUUGUAUGUAGUUGUACCGCGUGGUGUUGGAGAGCUAUAACCAAAAAACACAACGUACUGUUACCAGUAGUAUUAGAAAUCUGCUUAUGAUACAGGUCUUGUCAACGUGCUGUGCGAGCCAUAAUAUUUUGCUAAGAUGGAUCACUGUAUUGCACGAGACGUAGCUGAAGGAAUUUAGAAGUGGCCAAAGACAGAACUUAUCUAGUGCUGAGCUAUUGUAUUGCGAAUAGUAGAGAAUAUUACGCGUAAUUUCUGGCUCGAAUUGUGGUGUUGACGAUUGUGAAGCUGUUUAGUGUCGUAGGAGGUUGCCAGCAUUUCGGAAGAACGUAUCACCUCCAUCUGUUAACCACCUACGGCGUCAAAGCAGAGGGCCACCAGUAGACAAUGACAAGGUAUUUCUUAAACCAGGAUUGUCGAGAGAAUAAGAAAAAGCCUCAGGAUAACUGUAAUGAAAGUGCAUCUAAAAAAUUAGAAACACAUAAAAGAAGCAAAAAGAAGCCUUCUAUAAAGAAAUCCCAAAGUGAAUUAGAAGCCCUGGUAACAGUUGUGAAGUAUAAAAGGAAGCCAUGGAGAGGUAGAAAUCAUGAAGAUGAUAGGCUUGCAGCAGCCAAGGUACAGCCACCAUGGACCAGGAAAUCAAAACGUGUCCCUGUCCAAGAUGAGAAAUUGGCUCGUCACAGUCGUGGAGAAGGUUUGUCUGGCGAUGGAAUAAAAACUAAAUUCUAUCAAAAGAAGCUAAAGAAACAUGAAGCAGAUAUUCAGUUCUCUAUAGAACAGGCAGCAAGAGCAGAACUCCUUUUACCAGAAGAAAGUGGGUUUUUGGUGGCAGAUGAAGAUGAGCUAACUACACAAUUCAGCCAACAGCAAAUUGCAUCUUCUGUAGAUAUUGCUAGUGCAACAAAACACUUUGAUUUACAUCUGGCAGAGUUUGGACCUUACAGGAUGAACUAUAGUCGGAAUGGCCGCUUUCUCCUUAUAGGAGGAAGGAGGGGACAUGUUGCUGCUAUAGAUUGGGUAACAAAGCGUCUCUUAUGUGAAGUGAAUGUUAUGGAGGCAGUUUAUGAUGUACAAUGGUUACAUGUGGAGACAAUGUUUGCAGUUGCACAGAAACAGUGGUUGUAUAUAUAUGACAAUCAGGGCAUUGAACUUCACUGCAUCAAGAGAUUAAGUAAAGUUCUUCGUAUGGAGUUCUUGCCUUACCAUUUUCUUCUUGCUACUGCGAGUGAAGAAGGGUUCCUCAGCUGGCUGGAUAUCUCCAUAGGUCAGAUGGUGUCUCAGUUCAAUACCAGAAUGGGACGAUUGAAUUUGAUGACUCACAAUCCAUACAAUGCUGUUGUGUGCCUUGGACAUUCAAAAGGUAUAGUGACAAUGUGGAGUCCAAAUGUUAAGGAACCAUUGUCCAAAAUGUUGUGUCAUCAGCAUCCUUUGCAGAGCCUUACAGUUGAUUCUCAAGGACGGUAUAUGGCAACAGCUGCAGUGGACAGAACAUUGAAAGUAUGGGAUGUCCGAAAACUGGAGGGACCCUUACAACAGUAUAAGCUUCAUGCUGUUGCAUCCAAUCUUGCAUUCAGUCAGCGAGGUUUAUUAGCUGUUGGAAUGGGCAAUGUUGUAGAGGUUUACAGGGACUGCUGCCAGAAAUCAGCUGACCGCCCGUACUUGAGGCACAGAUUGUUUAAGAGAAUUGGAAAUAUGGAAUACUGCCCUUAUGAAGAUGUUUUAGGAGUUGCAACCGAUAAUGGCUUCACUAGUUUGAUUAUUCCUGGAAGUGGAGAGCCAAACUUUGAUGCUUUGGAAUGUAAUCCCUUCCAGAGCAAGUCCCAAAGAAGAGAAGCUGAGGUGAAGUCACUGUUAGAGAAGAUUCAACCUGAAUUCAUAACAUUGGAUCCAACAGUAAUAACAGACGUUCACAUUCCGACACUUAAAGAUAAAGUGGAAGCAAAGAAAAAACUGCUCUUCCUGAAACCACCAAAAAUUGAUUUCCAGCCUCGUAAUAAGAGUGGUAAAAAGAAAGGCACUGUCAAAGUGGCACAGACGAAGAGAAUUGUCCGGGAGGGACAAAGGAGGGAAUUUGUCAAGACCUUGAAAGAAACUGGCAUUGAUAAAAUUUCAUCCUCGCAAGAAGUGGAGAGUUGUAUUGCAUCAGUAAAACACAAAACAUUUAAUGCUCUAGACAGGUUCAAACCAAAAGAGAAAAAGCAAGAGAAAGGUUAAUUAUGUUAAGCAUUUCUAGGGACUGUGGUUUGGACCAAACUGUAUGUUUCACUAUGCAUGUAACUAGCUUGUGGGUAGAAGCAAAACAAAAUGUUACCUAAGACGAGCCACAUAGUAUUUCCACUGAGAAAUAAUGUUUAUAGUUUUGUCAGCGUAUGCUACCUUGCCUGCUGCCCAUCCUAUCCCUCUGAUUACCUUGCUCUUUAUUUCUAAUGGAUGUGGGAUGCAUGGCAUCAUCCAUCAACUGUAUUUAAGUCAGGAGGCUGUGUUACAUAUUAUCAAGCUCAUAAAAAUAAACUUGUAUAGAAUCAAUCGCAGUCGUGGAUGUAUUGGCAUGAACACAAUUUCACUUGUUUGUCUUAUAUAGUGAAUACAAUAAUUGUGUUAAAUGACUAGUUACAAAAUCUCAGCAGUUGUUACAGUAUUGUAAAAUAAACUGUCACUAGAUGACAAACAAAAUGGAUUUAUUA